AUGAAAAACACCGACCAUUAUGAUUCGUACGACUAUCGAUGCCGUGACAGUGGUACAUCUGAUUCUGAAUCCGACAAUGGUCGGGAUGACAGUAAUUCGGUGUCCAGUGCGUACCAAGGUUCAAGUGAUGGUGAUGGCGAUGGCGAUGGUGAUAGUCACGGUGAAAAAUUUGUUGAAUUUGAUGCAGUUGUAGGUGAUAGAACAGUGAAAAUUAAUGCCCUUACUGCUGAUGAAAUUCGUGCUAUGGAAUUCGGUACAGUUGAUGAAGCUAAUGUGUUUUAUUUCAAGUAUGCUAAAUGUAAAGGGUUUGCCAUUAGGAAAAGUGAUGUUAGGACAAGAUCGACUGAGGAUGGACAAACAAUUAUAAUGAGGCAGUUUGUAUGCAAUAAACACGGUCUAAGAGAUACAAAACACUUAAGGAGGCUUGAUAGAAAAAGAGAACACAGACCUACGACCCGCACUAAUUGUCCCGCUAGGCUUCGUGUGCAUUACAACCCCCAGAAGGAUAGUUAUGUAGUGACAUGUUUUGAAGAGGCUCACAACCAUGAAUUAACACCAUCUAGGUUUGUCCACUUACACCCCAUUUAUCGUGAGAUUACUGCAGCAGAUAGAGCUCAAAUUGACGGUCUACAGUCAAAUGGAAUUAGAACUUGUCAUAUAAUGGGGUACAUGGUUGCUCAGAAGGGUGGACACGAUCGUGUUGGGUUUACAAAGAAGGAUCUGUACAAUUAUUUUGAUAGUAAAAUGCGUGCUAAUAUUAAAGAUGGUGACGUUGCCGCUGCUAUAAAUUAUCUAACUGUGAAGUCAUCUACUGAUCCCAUGUUAUAUGGUAAAUAUGCCGUAGACAUGGAUGGACGAAUGAAGUCUCUUUUUUGGGCUGAUGGAAGCAGUAGAUCUGACUAUUUUUGUUUUGGCGAUGUGAUUGCGUUCGACACGACUUACAAGAAGAACAAAUACAACUACCCAUUGGUUAUAUUUUCAGGGUGUAACCACCACUCUCAGACAGUUAUUUUUGGUGCUGCGUUGGUGUCAGAUGAAACGACAGAGACGUAUAAGUGGUUGUUGGAGUGUUUUUUAGAGUGCAUGGAAAAUAGAUACCCAGCAGCAGUUGUAACAGACGGAGAUGGGGCGAUGAGGGAAUCUAUAAAACAGGUGUUUCCGGAUGCGACACAUCGUUUAUGCGCUUGGCAUUUGAACAAGAAUGCGUCUGAGAAUGUAAAGAACUCGGCAUUUUUGAAAGAUUUUCAAAAAGCCAUGUACUCUAAUUUUACAAAGGAUCAAUUUGAAGAGUUUUGGUCAAAAAUAAUUAAAGAAAACGGACUUGAAGGAAAUCCUUGGGUUGCAAAAACGUACGAGAACAGGUCACUAUGGGCAACUGCAUAUCUACGUGAGAAGUUUUUUGGACGCUAUGAGAUCUUAUAG